GUCGGUCGUAGUAGAAUAUAUAGAACUCAUAGAAGUCUCUGCCCUACUCCCAGGAGAGAGAGAGAGAGGGAGCACAACACACCACCACCAUCUUAAGCAAAUAAAGCACAGACACUCUCUUCAUCUCUCUCUCACUACUCCUCAACGCUUCAAAGAAGGUGAUUGUUUGACAAAUUAGGGCUUUUGUGAAUGAAGAAGGGUUCGAAAAGUGGUGCGUGCAAGUCUACGUCGCACCAGCUCUUCAAAGAUAGGGCUAAGAACCGUGUGGAUGAUCUUGAAGGCAUGGUCAUUUAUCUGAAAUCGGCGAGGAAGGAGAGCCGUACGAUCGAUGUUGCUCUGCUGGAGGAGCAAGUUCAUCAGAUGCUUCGUGAGUGGAAAUCUGAGCUUAAUGAGCCCUCCCCGGCUUCUUCUUUGCAGGGAGGGAGUCUCGGGUCCUUUUCGUCGGACAUUUGUAGGCUGUUGCAGCUUUGUGAGGAGGAAGAUGAUGCCACCAGUAAAUUGACGGCACCAAAGCCGGAGCCAGAUUCACAAAAAGUUGGCGAGGGUGCUGGUUUUCAAGAGGUUUUUAGUGUGACAGAGGUGCCACAUGAACAAGGCUUCCAGGUGGUUGAUCAGUGCAAAGGUUCCCCAUCAGUAGUUAACAAUAUGGGAGUGAAUAACAUGGGUCUUGCCACUCAAUUGGACUUCCAUUCAUUUGAUUUGCAGCAAGAGUUUGAGCAAAAUUUCUUCACUGGAUUUGAUGGUACAGGUCUUGUUGGAGAAGAUUCUUUGCCUCAGCUAUCUAGCUAUCUUCCAAAUAUUUGCCCUCCACCUUCUGCUUUCUUAGGACCAAAAUGUUCACUUUGGGAUUGUCCCAGACCUGUUCAAGGAUGGGGUCAAGACUAUUGUAGUGGUUUUCAUGCCGCACUUGCACCAAAUGAAGGCCAUCCUGGUAUGGCUCCUGUUCUACGGCCUGGAGGCAUUGGCUUGAAGGAUAAUUUACUUUUUGCUGCCCUUUGUGCCAAAUCCCAAGGAAAAGAUGUCGGUAUUCCAGAAUGUGAGGGGGCAGCAACUGCAAAAUCCCCAUGGAAUGCUCCUGAAUUUUUUGAUCUUACAGUGCUUGAGGGUGAAACAAUUAGAGAGUGGCUCUUUUUUGAUAAGCCUCGAAGAGCAUUUGAGAGUGGGAAUAGAAAGCAAAGGUCACUGCCUGAUUAUAAUGGACGGGGCUGGCACGAGUCAAGGAAGCAAGUGAUGAAUGAUCAUGGGGGGCUGAAGCGAUCCUACUACAUGGAUCCACAGCCAAUGAAGAAUCUUGAAUGGCACCUGUAUGAGUAUGAGAUCAGCAGAUGUGAUGCUUGUGCCUUGUAUAGAUUGGAACUCAAGCUUGUUGAUGGGAAGAAGAGUCCCAAGGGAAAGAUAUCUAACGACUCAGUUGCUGAUCUUCAAAAGCAGAUGGGAAGACUUACUGCUGAAUUUCCUUUAGACAACAAGCGGUCUGUUAAGGGAAGGGCAAGAUCCAAUUUAAAGAAUGGCAAUGGAAGUGUCUAUUCUGCUCCAAACCAGACGGAACCUGCAAGUGAAGGGUAUGCAACAAGUGGACAGUAUGACUAUCUUGUUGAUAAUAUAAGUGGCUACUAUCUGACGUAAAUGAAGAAACUUAGAUCUAUGUGGAAUAAGAAGCAUUUAUUGCUGCUACACAUCAAUCGUGUUUUUCACUCAGCCCUUAGGCCGCAGUGGAUAUUUUAGGUUUUCUCGCUUCAUGUCAUUGGUUUCGAUAUCUAAUCAACUAAACCUCCUUAUGUCACAGCCAGAUAUUGUCAAUAGUUCAUUGUCGUCUGAGGUACAGGUGCUGCAUCCGACUGUUUUAUAUGAUGCAGCGGAUUCAAACUGCAGCAAGAUGGUCUACAAUUGUCAAAUUUGAUGUUAUUACUCCAUUUCUCUUCUGUAACCUUUUGUGUAGUGGUGUACACCAAAAAAAUAGCUAAAGGUGUCACCAGAAUCAUAUGUGCUGAAUGCACAAUAUGGGUUAUAACAUUUUCCAGACUUUCAGGUUUUAAGAAUUUCAUGCUAAUUAUCUGAGGACAGCGUUCAUGGUAGACAUUAGUGGCAUUGUGUAACUUCCAGUUGCUUGGUAUAUAAAAGGGAUAUUGAGUUCUGUCUAUCUGGUAAGCAAUCUCGAGAAUGUGUACAUGGCUAGUACCAAAUUUAGCUAUAUUUCUAUUUGGCAUUAAGUGAGCUGCAGUGCAGUUAGUUCCAUUUGUCUGCUG